AUGUCCCCAGAGCAUCGUCAUCUCCGGGACCCAUCACGACUUCCCUUUCCUUCUCAUCGUUCCCUGGUGCACAUGGUCGCCGUGAUCCAGGUCAUCGACAACAUGCAUCGUGGGGAGCAGCAACACCGUCAGACGCUGAAUAACAUAUCCGAAGAUUGGAGUGAAGAGGGUAUCACACCUGACUUGACGGACUUCCCGGACGAUCUUCCCCUUAUCCAGUUGAGGGGCUCCUCGACUACGCACUCUUCGCCAUGCCCCAGCUCGGGUGGUCCUAGAUCACAGUCCACACCUGGGACACCAGUUCAUCACGACUACGUAUCAUUGUCACAACUGUAUCAGUCGCUACCAGUAUCCCCCGAAGACCGGUCGAUCAGGCUUCUCGAUCUCGAUCCCCUGCCAACCCCAAAAUCCAGUGAUGACGCCGUCCCACUCACAGGCAAGCUCCGGACUGUUUCCUUGAAAAGCAGUCCGCGCUUUGCAGUGCUUUCAUACGUCUGGGGCCCUUAUUCGGAGCCCACGAGUGACGUCCUCAUCAUACAGCUUCCUCACGCCUUGGGUGUUUGUGUAAACAUCACGAUGAACUGCAAGGACGCUUUGCUGGCAUUACGGCGGAAAUACGGUGCCGUAUGCAUCUGGAUUGAUGCAGUUUGUAUCAACCAAUCUGAUUACGUCGAGAAGGCAUCGCAGAUCCUUCUGAUGGAGGAGAUUUACACCUGGGCUCAUAUGGUGUAUGUGUGGCUAGGGCCCAGCACCAGUACAUCGAAAAGAGUCAUUAAAACGCUGUAUACAGCAUCAGAAGGCUCAGUGUUCCUCGACAUCGGCGCCCUCGGCGGCUCCCUGAGUACAAGGAGGAGGUUUGCACAAAUGGGCAGUAUUUACCUUCGUCUCUGGGGCCAUCUCUGGCUCCGUGCAUGGCGAAAACAGCUUGAUGUCAUCGACAUAUUUCUUACUCCCUUUACUUUUUAUAAAGGGGCCAGUUAUCUCAAACGCGUGCUUUCUACCUUCGUCCGCGGCGUUGAGAUAGCAUCACCGUUGCCACGCUGUGGCGAGACCGAACAUACGCUCAGGGAGAGGACAUAUGGUCUGUCUACCACGGAUCGCACAGACCUGUUCGGCAGCGCCUGGUUUGGGCGUGGGUGGACAUUCCAGGAGAUCAUCCUUGCCUCCGAAGUCACGAUAUUAUGCGGCUCGGACGCGUUGAAGUGGGACGUUCUUGUUCGCAGCCUGUGCGACUUGCGUUCAAUAGACAUGCAUGAUGAGGCGUGGUUUUGUCACACAGGCCGGAGACCCCGGAGGCUGAUCGAUAUCGUCAACGUCUGGAAGCAAGUAGAACGGCCGACGACAUGGAAUGGCUGGCAGAGGCGACGUGAACGUGCCAGUCAGUCCACCAUUGAUGGCUACCAGGCCCUUGGCCGAUCCUCGCCCUACCCCUACGACCUGGGUCAGACGGCAAGGUUUCAGGGUGCUGAGCUAGCCGUUGAGGCCCAGUUCUUCGAAAGAACAAUUCACUGUUCGGGCGUCUUGGAGCGUUUGAUGCCCGAGAUGAAAAAACUUCUGGAACUUCCAGGGGACAACCCAUUGAUAAUGGCGUUUCUACGAACAACCCUCGCGUUUGUUCGUUUACUGCGAGCGAUAAAGAACAACAUCGCCACUACAUACCCCUACGAUGCACCAACUCCCGAAUUAUUCGCCAGGGUCAUGUGCUUACAGUAUCUCGAUGAUGAAGAACCCAGAUUUCAUCCGCCGUCACGUGCUACCGAACCAACUGGAGUGGGUGGAUACGCUGAUGUGGCUUUCGGGGGAGAGCUCUUCGACAUGUGGUACCACCGUAUCUCGAAAGUGCCUCAAGCAAUUAUUGACAAAGCAACGAAACUAGAACCGGGGCCGUACAAUGAUAUAGAGAAACAGAUCUUUUCCCGAUGUGAACCCGGAAACCGCCAGGCAGAUGACGCUAAUAUCGCGAUGGUAGCAAAGACGGUAGAGUUCUGCAACCUCAUCGCGGGGAAGAGGAACAUCUUCGUGACCGAGAAGGGGCACAUAGGAUCUGGACCCGAGGCGAUGCAGGACGGAGAUGAGAUAUAUUGGAUCACGGGUGUUUCGGUCCCGAUGGUAUUGCGGCCCACAGGGGAAGCGGCGGAGACCGAUGUUGGAUCGGGAAUGACGGAUGAUGAUGGCCUGUCUAGGUUUACGGUUGUCGGGCCAGCUUUUGUUUACGGGUUCAUGAAAACCCAUGAGACUGAGGAAAGCAAGCUGGUUUCCGUGACUCUGGUUUAG